UUUUAUUUCUUGUUUAUAAACGCAGCGUUUCACCUUUUAACUCUAGCCGCCGGCGGCCGAUUUCUGUUCCCAUCUGAAACCGAGAAAGAAGACCAAUUUCCGCUCUCUGAACUGAGAAAAUAGGUGCGGUGCCGGAGAAUAUUAAACCUUAAAAUCCUUAUUCUUUAUCAACUGUGAAAAUGGGUAAACCGCAGAGUACAUCUGAAAUAAUGGAGGAGAAUAUCGAAGCAUUACUCGAGGCUGCAAGAUAUGAUGACAUGGAUGAUGUUGUGAGCUUAAUAUCCAAUGGUGUUCCUCUUCAUUCCAAGGACUCCCAAGGAAGAACAGCUCUUCAUAUGGCUGCAGCAAAUGGACAUGUUGAUAUUGUGGACUAUUUAAUCACUAGAGGAGUGGAUCUUAAUUCAGAGAAUGAGGAAAAGAAUACACCACUUCAUUGGGCGUGCCUCAAUGGGCAUGUUGAGGUUGUGAAGAAAUUAAUCAUGGCUGGAGCUAACGUUAGUGUUCUAAACAGUCAUGAGAGGACUCCGGUGGAUGAAGCUGUGACAGGAGGAAAACUUCAAGUGAUGGAUGCAAUUAAUGAAGCAGAGGCACUAGUUGAACUACGUGGUGCUCUGGUUUCUUCAAAGGAAACUUAGAAGUUUAUGGUAUUCUAAAAGUAGCUUGUAAUAUGAUACUUUAAUGAUAGCUAUACAUGUCUUGUGGUGUUUUCUUGCUCAGUAUGACAGGAUCACAAACUUGCUUCUCUUUCCAUUUCCCAUGCUGGAAUUCCUCUUUGGAAAAUGCACUUCAAGCCGUUGUGUUUUGUGUACCUAAAAGUGAAGUUGAUAAUAAUUAUUUGAAGUAUUCAUACAAUCAGAAGGAGAAA